CCAAGGAUCAGCUUCCCUUAUCCGAGCUCAGAUGGCUUUUCAGAUCCUCACGGGCAGGAGGGGAGCAGAUGUCAGAGGCUACCCUGGAGGUGGCGCAAAGUCUGGAGCAGAUGGGAUGCUAUGGAUCGAUGGAGCAACGGGUCCUCGAGGGCAUGAGGUGUCAGCGGCUGGAAGUCUAUGCCUUCCAUCGAAAUGCAGCUGCGGCAUGUUGCACUCGACGAUUUCAAUGGCAGAGAGCCUUGGAACUCUUGGGACGAACGCUGAAACGGCGCAACAUGAGCGCGGCGGUGAAUGCAUUGAAGCAGGCAGGCAGAUGGCACUCAGCCUUCGGAUUGCUGGCAUCAUUUUCUGAUCGAAAGAUUGAAGCUGAUGCCAGUGGAUGCAAUGCUUUGGCCAGUGCAUUAGAACGAUUCGAAUCAAAGUCCUGGCAGCAGCUCCUGUCAUGGCUUCAAGGCCUUCCAAGGCUGGAUGAGGACAUGACCUUCCACUCGCUGUUGCGGGUGUCAUCCUGGAGCUUGUCCCUGGCAGUCUGGAGGUCUUUGAGCCAAGCAGCCUCCAAGGCCACAGAUUUUUCGGACUGCAUCGGACUCAACGCCCUGAUGUCUCCAUUGGCCCGAGCAGGGCGGUGGCAGUACGCCUUGGGCGUCUUUCAGUUGUUCAAAGCUCUAGGGGUAAGGUGUGAUGGUGCAAGUUAUUCCACCGCAAUGGAUGCCUCCAAAGAUAGUUGGUCAAGCGCUCUCGAGCUGCUUUUGCGAAUGAAGUUUCACACACUUGCUCCAUGCCGCUUUCAAUACACAGCAGUUUGUGAUGUUUGUACUGCGGCAGAAAACUGGGAGAGGGCAUUGGAUGUGUUCGAUCUGUCAAAGGCUUUGGACACAUGGGAUGUUCUUCUUGGAACUUCUGGUCUUGCAGCUCUCUCCAAAAGCAGCAAAUGGAUGUCUGCUAUGUGGACAUUUGCCACACUGCCCCAAGUGUCUCUGCAACCAAAUACCAUCACCAGCACCUCAGCCUUGAGUGCUUGUGAGAGAGGCAGACAGUGGCAGAUGGCCCUGCUUUCCAUGAACGAAAUGUUGGAGAAACGCCUGGUCAAUGAGCUGUCCUUCAGUAGCACCAUGCACGCUUGUGAGAAGUUUGGCCAAUGGAAGCUUCUCGGAUGUCUCCUUGCAACGAUGACAGCCAUUGAGCUUCAAGGCAGCAGUACGGUCUACACCUCCGUCCGGCCUCCUGCCGCCGCCGGGAUGCCAUCGUUUGCGGAGACCCUGCAACGGACCGGUGAUGUCGUCACUCGGGCGCUGAAAACGUCUCCGAACUUCCCACGGCAGAGGUCAAAACGGCCUGGCCGGGGCGUAGCCGCCAGAGUUGUGGCCCCCCGUGAACGCCAAGGGGUCGGAAUCCCUGUUCCCGUGGCUUCAUUGGAGACCGGGACCAUCCGGGACCGCGGCGCCAUGGAUGACAAAGACAUGCAGUUGGCCAAAGUCGUGGAGCUGUUCACCAAGUUUUCGAAAGAUGGUUGGCGGCUCAGCGAAGGGGCCGCUUCACUGCAGCGAAUCCUCUGCAGCUGCGUCCCGUUGUCCGAGACGGACGUGGCGCGGCUGGUCGAGGCUCGAUGGCCUGAAGCGUUGACCCAGGGGAGGUCACGAAUGAGCCCAAUGGGCCCCCAUUGA